GCUCGUGACCGCCGUCGGAGGAGGUAUUGUCGUUUUCGUUUUAUCAAAACGCGUUUCGGUGUGAUUUGUGUUUUGUUUUGUGGUGCACGAUGGCUUACAACGGUAGUGGUGGCAAGAGACUGUGUACAGGGACCGACCUGGACGUCGAAAGGAGUAAUGGCAACAACUACAUGGCGGGCGAGCCGCGGCGAAAGCGCGAGCCGCCGGCGCGGCCCAACCAUAUACUGCUGUACACCAUCAUCAAUCCGGCCUAUCCUAUCACUGUGGACGUCAUACACACAAUCAGCACACCACACGGCCAAGUCCAAAGGAUCGUGGUGUUCAAGAAAAACGGAGUGCAGGCCAUGGUUGAGUUUGAAAGCGUGGAGUCUGCGACGCGAGCGAAGGAGGCGCUACACGGCUGCGACAUAUACUCCGGGUGCUGCACACUCAAAAUCGAGUUCGCAAAGCCUGAAAGAUUGAACGUGUUCAAAAAUGACCAGGAUAGCUGGGACUACACAUUAUCUGAGGACGUACCGCCUGUACAGAGGAGUGCGCCCCUCCUACAGUCGCCACAAUACACGGGGGGGAGGCCACAGCCAUACAAUGCGACGUCGACCCCUCAGCCCACCAGACCGUGCAGCGAAGACUCGUGCAGCCAACACAGCCAACAUUCAUGCGAUCAGUCGCAAAACGAUAUGGACUACGGCAGCGGUGGGCCUCCACCUCCAGGCAUGAUGAAAGAUAGGCAUGGGCCGCCACCGCCACAUCAUCCGCGCGACGGCCGCGGCUACGGUCCGGAGGGCUACGGCGGCGAGGGCUUCGUCCCUCCCCCUCCGAUGCACCACCCCUCCAUGCCCCCACAGAACCAGUGUCCCCUGCUGGCGCAGGGCGGUCCCCCUCAGCAAGGCGCCGUCAUGAUGGUGUACGGGCUCGACCCCCAGACGGUGAACGCUGACCGACUGUUUAACCUGUGCUGUCUCUACGGAAACGUUGUUAGAAUAAAAUUCCUGAAGACAAAAGAAGGCACGGCGAUGGUCCAGAUGGGUGACGGUGUGUCCGUCGAGAGAUGUGUACAGAACCUUAACAAUGUCACUGUUGGCGACUACACGUUGACGCUGGCUUUCUCAAAACAGGCGUACCUAUCGGAGGUGAUGAACCCGUACCCGCUGCCCGACAAGAGCCCCUCGUUUAAGGACUACGUCGGCAACAAGAACAACCGCUUCCUAACGCCCGCCUCCAUACACAAGAACAGAAUACAGCCGCCUUCCAAGGUGCUGCACUUCUUCAACACACCCCCCGACGUGUCGGACGAGCAGCUGCUGCAGGUGUUCAAGGACUACGGCGUCACGCCCCCGCACACCAUCUCCAAGUUCCCGCUCAAGAGCGAGAGAUCAUCGUCUGGCCUGAUGGAGUUCCAGAACAUCUCGCAGUCGGUGAUGGCGAUAAUGGCGUGCAACCACGCGACCAUACAGCAUCCAGGUGCAAAAUUCCCGUUUGUAAUGAAGCUAUGCUUCUCGUCGUCACGGCAAAUCGGCCAAGGGAAGGGCCAGAACCAGAAUAAGAGCCAAAACCAGAACCAGGAUCAGAACAACCAGAGACAAGGCCAAAACAACGGGAUGGCCGAACACGAAUACUACUAACGGCGUUGACGUGGAGCACACACACACACAUAUCAAGACGGACGGCAACACACACACACACAGGCACACGACGAGUGCUGGGAGACGCUAAAGCGAAAUUUUCACCUUCAAAUAAUCAAAAUAUUAUUAUUACAUGAUAAUAGUUACCAUAAAAAAUUCAAAUACCCGAUUGUGGGAGGUGAUUUUUUCGCUCUAGCAACAUUUUUGAAUAAUUCCUUAUUUUUACAAUUUGUGAUCUAGAUCACUCUUAUAAAGACAUUAACAGUUAGUUUUUUUAAUAUAAUUUUAGACACAGUAACAUGAUUUUUUUUCAUAUUAUUACACAUUAUUACAUUUCCAUGUUUUUUUCUUUGUUUUCUUUUUUAUUUAGAGUGGAGCGAUGCUCCGUGAAUGCAUCUUGCAUUUUGUUUAUGGACUUAGCGGUUUAGGUAUCGAUUAAGUAAUAUUCCCAUUUAAUUUGAUUAAUUAGUUUUUAGUUACUUAUUAUUUUUCGUGCCUUUUUCAAACUCAAAUAAUCGACAUUGACAUAAUUGUGAUGAGUUUUGAAGGCGGCACUGUUUCCCGUUUUAAGUGAGGAUUUUUUAGUAAAAAAAAUGAUAUUAGUUUGUGAGUAAUGUUGAAAGUACUUAGUUUUUUCUUUCUUGUUCCCUUAGUAGCGCGCAAAAACGGACUGAGAAAGUAAAGUCCGCGCGUAUUUGUAAUUUAUCUAAAACUUGGUUAAUUUGUAAACGUGACAGUUGUGAAAUGUACAAGAAAUAAAGAAACUGAGGUAUAUUAUAGAAACAAAUUGUUUUAUUUUUGGUUUUUAAUAGACCACGCUUGUGUGCUUGUUCUUAAGUUCGCAACAUUUGUUGAGUAGCGGCGAUCUAUCGACCAUUUUUAAAAUGUUUUAAGAACCAAAAGUAUCUAAAUGUAAGAAAUAGUUUAGCACUCUUUAGAUUAGUAGUAAGUGUCAUUGCAAUGUCAAUUAUAUUCGAUUAGUGAAAAAAAAACAGUAAAGAUUUUCUAAAAAAUUUCUUAAAAAAUAGCGAUGAUUCGACUUAACUUUUGAGUAAUAAGCCUUGCACAAGGAAUAGGAUAAGGUCAGAUUCAGACACCAUAGUCGCGCUGUUCUAAAAAAAACUUUUUGUUUUGUGUCUAGACAUAGAUGUUUGUAUGGUGUGACCUUUGUGGUAGCGUGUCUAUAUUACUGUUUAUGGAUAGAACACUAAGAUUCCUUUACCUUUGUCUAUGCCUUUCCUAGAACAAUUAAUAAUGUCAAAUUACAUAAACAGUGUUAUAGUCAGCAUUCGACUAGUCCUAAAUAUAGCUGAAGUUAAUGUUAUCAGGUAAAUAGAUGCAUAUCUUUUUCUCUAGAAAUAUUUUCGAAUGGAAAACCUAAAUAUUCUAGUAUUAGGACCUUGAUGUCGUGGUAGCUUACAUAUUUUGUGUUGGAUGUACAGAGAAAUAUAUAAAUAUUGUUUCACAUGUCAAUUGAUUGGUAUAAAUAUUGUGUAAUACUGGCUUGAUGACACUAUUCUACUCAAACGUACGAAAACACUCGUCUAGAUGUUAAAAUUGAUUGAUAAUAUAUAUUUAGAAACUCUUGGACUUGAAAAUCAGUUUUAAUGUCUACGCGUAUGCUGCAAGAUGCUUACAACACUGAGACGGCACGGUGGCACAUGAUUAUUGUAUUUUCUUUUCAUUUUAGCCUACAUUUUAUAGGUCUACUACUAGGUCUUGUAGAAACAUGAUAAACAUUAAAAUACAUGUCAACACAAACAAAUUCUUUCAUUUCUUACACAACCAAUGACAUUGAUACAAGUUUUACGAAGACAAGAUUUUAAGGUAACCAAGUAUAGAAAAUACUAUGAAAAUGUAAGUAAUAUUAUUACUAAAAUAUCUGAUGUAGAAUUUGAGAUCUGAAUUACCUCUGUGCGAAUGCUACGCGCAUCUGAAGAUUUUUUUUUAACAAAAAAUCAGCUUUUUUAACCACGGUUUAUUAUCAAUUUUAAAAUUAAAGAAAAAUUAAAUGACAUCUCCGAAUUCAAAUUUGAUUCGUAAAACUUGUGUUGGCGACUGUACAACCUACUUAUCCACAUGCCUUUCAUAACAAUGCUUACCUAUUUUCUUUAAAAACCUUGCAUUUUAAUUCUGUACUAUAAUACUGAGCAAAUUGAUAGUACAUUUUGUUAACACGCCUUGUCAAUUAAACUACUAAAAUAAAAAGCUAUUAAAUUUCCUUGGUACUCGAUCUCUUUGGUACUACAUUAUUUCCCAAAAAUCAGGGAGAUUUUCUAACCUUGCAACCCUUUACAAACCUAGUCAAUUCUACCCAAGAUUUACAAAUUAAUUUAAAUUUCUGUAUAAAGUAUGAAAUUGCUCAAUUUCACUUACAAAAUGGUAAAAAAUCUUUAUAUUAAGCUAAAUACACAGUGGUUAAUAUACUUAGCUUACGGCGACACAUAGGGUUAUACAAGUACUGCAACAGUUUGACGAUUUUACAAUACCCUUGCAAUGACUUUUUAUGUUUCACUAACUUUGUAGUCAAAAAAGUUAAUUUUUCUGCAUUUAACUUGCUCUUAACGAUUAAGGGGAUGUCAUUUUAUAUUAUAAUUACCAUUUAAUGUAAUGUAAUGAAUAUUAUACAAAUUAUAAAAGUAGGUACAAUUCCUCAGGUUUAAGAAAAAGUAACUGUAAAUAAAAUUAUUACAGUUUAUUUGAAGAUGCUUUAUGAAUAAUUAUAAAAGAAGCUAAACAUUUGGGGACACUGAUAAAGUGAUAAACAUGAAAAUAUCUUGAAGCGAAAACUGAUGCAGUAACACACUUGUAACUUAACCUAUACAUGUCACAAAAAUGCAUUUUAAAAUUUUGCACUACACAAAA